AUGUCGACUUCCGAUCCUCUGGCCUUCUUUCCUGAAUUCCAGCAUCACUUCCUACGCCUCACAACUGUAGCAUAUGGGGCGUACAGAACAGUUUCCACAGCGCUGGUGCCAAGCUCUGGCGUCACGGAUACCACCGUAAUUAAAACAAUCUCAGUAUAUAAAAGGAAGAGCGGCUGGGCAAACAAUACCAUUCACACCUCCUCAUCUCCGAGGCAUCAUUACAAAGCUGAUUCUCACCCAACAAUGCAGGGCCUUCAGGUUGUUGUUUGCAUCGUGGUAGCCUGUGUCGCCACUGUGAUUGCAUACCCCGGGUACUAUGGACAUGGCGGAUACGAACAUCUAUCCGCUGGUGUUAAGGAAGAGGUCCAAAAUGCGCACCCCAAGUAUAGGUUUGAGUACGCCGUGUAUGACCCUCACAGUGGUGACGUGAAGAACCAAUGGGAAACCAGGGACGGCGACUUCGUGAAGGGGUCCUACAGCCUCAAGGAAUCUGAUGGCUCCACCCGCGUCGUGGAGUACACCGCCGACAAGCACAACGGCUUCAUCGCGGUAGUCAAGAAGGCCGGAGGCCACACCAAACCCGAGAUCACCUACCAUGGUGCCAAGUCUCCUUACUAG